AUGCCCUCGUGGGCCCUCUUGGUGGUCACCUCCUGCCUCCUCCUGGCCCCCCAAAACCUGGCACAAGUCACCAGCCAAGAUGCCUCCUUUCUGGCCUUGGAUUCAGAGCCCCUGAACUGUUUCUCUCGAACAUUUGAGGACCUCACUUGCUUCUGGGAUGAGGAAGAAGCAGCGCCCAAUGGAACAUACCAGCUGCUGUAUGCAUACCCAGGGGAGAAGCCCCGUGCCUGCCCCCUGAGUUACAAGAGCGUGCCCCCCUUUGGGACCCGAUAUGUGUGUCAGUUUCCAGCCCAGGAUGAAGUUCGCCUCUUCUUUCCACUGCACCUCUGGGUGAAGAACAUGUUUCUGAAUCAGACUCUGACCCAGCGGGUGCUCUUUGUGGAUAGUGUGGGCUUACCAGCUCCCCCAGAUAUCAUUAAGGCUUCAGGUGGGAGCCAGCCAGGGGACCUGCAGAUCAGCUGGGAGACCCCAGCUCCCGAAAUCAGUGAUUUCCUGAGGCACGAACUUCGCUACGGCCCCAAGGAUCCCAGCAACUCCAUUGGUCCCACAGUCAUGCAGCUGCUGCCCACAGAAACCUGCUGUCCAGUUCUGCAGAGACUAAACCCAGUCCCAGCUCUGCACCAGCCUCCAUGUGCUCAGCCCAUGAUGCCCCAACAGGAUGGACCAGAGCAGACUUCCCCAACCAGAGAAGCUUCAUCUCUAACAGUGAGGAGUGGAAGCUGCCUCAUCUCAGGGCUCCAGCCUGGUAAAUCCUAUUGGCUCCAGCUGCGCAGCCAACCCGAUGGGGUCUCCCUCCUUGGCUCCUGGGGAUCCUGGUCCCUCCCUGCAACUGUGGACCUGCCUGGAGAUGCAGUGGAAAUUGGACUGCAGUGCUUUACCUUGAACCUGAAGAAUGUUACCUGUCAGUGGCAGCAACAGGACCAUGCUAGCUCCCAAGGCUUCUUCUACCACAGCAGGGCACGGUGCUGCCCCAGAGACAGGGACCCCAUCUGGGAGAAGUGUGAAGAGGAGAAAUAUCCAGGAUUACAGCCCUCCCAGUUCUCCCGCUGCCACUUCAAGUCACGAAAUGACAGUGUUAUUCACAUCCUUGUGGAGGUGACCACAGCCCAGGGUGCUGUUCACAGCUACCUGGGCUCCCCUUUCUGGAUCCACAAGGCCGUGCUCAUCCCCACUCCAAACUUGCACUGGAGGGAGGUCUCCAGUGGGCAGCUGGAAUUGGAAUGGCAACACCCAUCAUCCUGGGGAGCCCAAGAGACCUGCUAUCAGCUCCGGUACACAGGAGAAGGCCAUCAAGACUGGAAGGUGCUGGAGCCGCCUCUCGGGGCCCAGGGAGAGACCUUGGAGCUGCGCCCGCGCUCUCGCUACCGCUUACAGCUGCGCGCCAGGCUCCACGGCCCCACCUACCAAGGCCCCUGGAGCGCCUGGUCCGACCCAGUGCGCGUGGAGACCACCUCCGAGAUCGCCUGGAUCUCCUUGGUGACCGCUCUGCUCGUGGUGCUGGGCCUCAGUGCCCUCCUGGGCCUGCUGCUGCUGAGGUGGCAGUUUCCUGCGCACUACAGGAGCCUGAAGCAUGCCCUGUGGCCCUCACUUCCAGACCUGCACCGGGUCCUAGGCCAGUACCUUAGGGAUACGGCAUCGCUGAGUCCGCCCAAGGCUGCGAUCUCAGAUGCCUUUGAGGAAGUGGAACCCAGCCCCCUUGAAAUUCUACCCAGGUCCUCAGAGAAGAUCUCCGUGGCCCUGUGUUCCUCCCAGACCCAGAUGGACUACCGAGGAUUGCCCCCUUCUUGCCCGGGGACCGUGCCCCUGUGUGUGUGCCCCCACAUGGCUGAGUCGGGGUCCUACUGCACCACCCACAUCGCCAACCAUUCCUACUUACCUCUGAGCGGCUGGCAGGCCAUUCAUUUGCAGCAGUAA